CCAACAUGGAAGACAUGAAACAGCUGAGUGAAGUUGAGGUAAAAAAUAUUGCACAAAAUGAGAAAUCUAAAGGGUGUUUGAUAUUAGGAAGAUUAUUAGGUGUCUUACCUUAUGAUAGAGAGUUGGAUAUGACAACAGAUAUCUAUAUUGAAUAUAUCUAUGAUCAUAUAAGUUAUUGUGUUGAGAAGGGGUUUCCAUGGAAAUAUAUUUCUUAUACUGUUCAGUUUGCAGAUGAAUUGUUAAAAACAUCAAAAGGUAAAUCUCUAGCAGAAACAAUAUCAUGGUACAGGCAGAAAUCAGCAGAGGUGGUUCAUAUACUGGGAGAGGAAUUCUUUAAAAAAUAUACUGAUUUUGUGUUCACAACUUUCAUGCCUCAUUAUAAAUUAUAUCAAUAUGUAUUCCUAAAUGAAAGAGAAAAAAUGAUACCACAUGUAGAUGUUGAAAUCAACCCACCCGUCUCUCCAUUAUCACUGAAAGAAUCUAAAGAGAAAGAUAUAUUUGAAUAUGAACAGAGAAUAGCAGAGUUAGAAAAACAUGAAUUAGAAAAGGAAAAGGAAAUUUUAUUAGAAAAAGAACAAAUUCAUGAAAGAACAGAAGAGAAGACCAAUGAAUUGUUGGAAAAAAUCAAGUUGAAUGAAGAAUCUUUAACCAAAGAGAGUUUGAGUGAAAUGAUAAAAAAUGUGAUACAAACUCAUACUUCAUGUUUAGCAGAGGAUCUCAAAUUAUCUAUCAUGAAAACACAGGAAAGUUUAGAAUAUAAGUUAGAAAAAACUAGUCUACCACGACCUCAAGCAUUAGGUCCACCACCAAGAUAUAAACCCAAAACACCAGUGAAUCAAAAAGGUAGAAAGUCUCCAGAAACUAAACCCAAGUCAGCAUCGAAAAUAAGCUCAAAAUCGAAAUAAUUUUAAAAUCAUUGUCCUUUGUUAUUUUAUUUAUUAAAUUUUAUUCUAAUCCGUCUGAAUUGAUAAUGAUUUUUUUUUAUGAAAGGGUUAAUUCACUUUCAAUCCAUUUUUUAUCAGCUUUUUUUUUUAAUUUGGCCACUUCAGUCAGGGCAUUCUUGAACAUUCAUUUGUUUAAUUAUAUUGCCAGCCAAUCAAACUUCUGUCCUCUCCGAAGCUAGGAUUUUGUGACACAAACAAAAAGUCUAGGCUAUUCCCAAAAUCAUAAGACACUCAAUGCACCUUUUGUUCGCAUCAUAAAAUCCUGGCGUUGGAUUGGGAAUGUUGGUUUGGAGUGUUUCAAAGACAUUGUCAUUAUUGGCAAUAAAACUUGAUCCAUAUGAUCCACAUUAUAGUUUGUAAUACACAAAAUGUAGUAGUUUUUUAAAACUGACAUUAGAAAGAAAUUAAUCGAGACCAAAAAAGAUGUCGGAUUGUAAGAAUGUAAGAAUACUUUGAUUGCAGAUUUCAUAGAGGACUCUGUAGCUCUGUUUAAUAUAUGUAUUGUAUUGAAUUAUUGCAGUAUAACAAAUCAACAUGUUCGUGACUGUUGUUUUAUAUAUAGCAGCUAGGCACAACAUGCCUUCAAUGAACUUUGAUCCCUGAUUAAUCUUUCUUUCAAAUUGAUCACCUUUUUCAACUCCAAUAUAAUUAUGAAUAUAUUAACAAAGACUUUUAUUUAUCAUAACUUUGAUUGUACUGGAACAAUUCAAUCACAGAAGUAAUUUUUACAAAAUAUUUAAUGAAGUUAAAAUACAUGUAGUUACAAAAGAUAAUAUAUAUUAACAUAAAGGAAAUUCAUCACAAUAAAAGAUAU